UUCGUCCCAUUCCUGUCUGCGGCUGAUAUCUGAGAGGAGGGUGAAGGCCCUUUGUGCUGGGACAUCCAUCUCAAACUCCACCCUGAAACACAGGCUCUGACUCUCCUCCACUGUAUACAGACUCACCUGCUCAACGCAAGACAAUGUGCAUCUGAUGUUACGGGGGGAACUUUAUAAUGUAAGACUGACGAAUGAUCGUGAGGUCACGUCUAAUAUUUUGAUUGGCUUAUCAAGCUGUCAAUCAUGCACCGCGGGUUCCCGCCCACACACAGUUCACGCUCUGACUGUGGCAGGGUCGGUUGAAGCGGAUGGGGUCAGAGGCGGGCUACACGUUGACAGCUGGAGCAUUGAGCACAAGGAAACAUCGCAGUCAAGCUGGCAGACGCGUUUAUCCUCAGCGCAAGUCAUGUUCGCGAAAGGUAAAGGGACCGCGGUUCCAUCGGACGGGCAAGCUCGGGAAAAGUUGGCAUUAUACGUCUAUGAAUAUUUGCUACACGUGGGAGCUCAGAAAUCCGCACAGACGUUUUUAUCAGAGAUAAGAUGGGAGAAGAACAUAACCCUUGGAGAACCUCCAGGCUUUCUGCACUCUUGGUGGUGUGUGUUUUGGGACCUGUACUGUGCAGCACCUGAGAGAAGGGACACAUGUGAUCACUCCAGUGAAGCGAAGGCCUUCCAUGACUAUAGCGCUGCUGCAGCACCGAGUCCAGUCCUGGGCAACAUGCCCCCCGGUGACGGGAUGCCAGGUGGCCCCAUGCCCCCCGGAUUCUUUCAGCCUUUUAUGUCUCCUCGCUAUGCUGGAGGACCUCGGCCGCCCAUCAGAAUGGGUAACCCGUCUCCCGGUGGGCAGCCUUUGCCUCCAAACAUGAUGGACCCUACACGACCAACAGGCCAUCCAAACUUGGCAAGCAUGCAGAGAAUGAACGUUCCUCGAGGAAUGGGCCCAAUGGGACCAGGACUACAGUCUGAUCCUUGGUUAUCAUUACAGAACUAUGGCGGAGGAAUGAGGCCUCCAAACUCCAUGGGCCCUGGAAUGCCAGGCGUGAACAUGGGAGCAGGAGCAGGCAGACUGUGGCCUAAUCCUAAUAAUGGAAACACGAUCCCAUAUUCCUCAUCAUCCCCAGGAACAUACGUGGGUCCUCCGGGAGGAGCAGGAGGCGGUGGAUGUCCUCCAGGAACACCUAUCAUGCCAAGUCCAGCAGACUCCACUAACUCGGGUGAAAACCUCUACACAUUGAUAAACUCAGUCCCACCAGGAGGAAACAGAUCUAGUUUUCCUAUGGGUCCAGGGUCAGACGGCCCAAUGGGAGGACUGGAGCCGCAUCACAUGAAUGGCUCAUUAGGUUCGGGUGACAUAGAUGGACUCCCUAAGAACUCCCCUAAUAAUCUGAGCGGCAUGAGUAACCCGCCAGGAACGCCACGAGACGACAGUGAACUGGGUGGAAGCUUCCUUCACUCGUUCCAAAAUGAAAGCUACUCACCGACAAUGACAAUGAGUGUGUGAAAGACGAGCUUCAGCUCCAAGACGCCACACGUAGGUGUCUCAAAGACCAGGGACCAACCUCACCAAGAACCAGAGUGAGUCUAAUCUCACACAUCUAUGAGAACCAAAAUCCCACCGCAGCUCUGGAUGAGGUGCAUGCUCCUAAUUUCAGCACGGACAGAUGAAAUCUGCUUCCAGAAAGGACCUGUCUGAGAUGGGAGCUCCCUCAUUUUAAACCACUUAAAUAUUUUCGUAUCAUUUUAACAUAGAAGCCCACACAGGACAAGAGCGAGAUAAAUUAGCUUCUUUUUGUUAGAUGGAUGUCAAACCGUCGGGACCGUGACGAUAUUCGCACUGUGGAUGUUCUUCUACAGCGUCUGUGUAACAUUCCAUGAGUAUUUUAGGAUCUAGUCUCUGAUCUCUUAAAAAGCUUGUAAACAAGUUCAUCGCACCGUAAUAGCUUCGGAAAAUGACUUAAUCCAGAGGAACAGCUUUGGCUACAGCGGAUUUGAUUAUAUGCACCAAUGGGAAUCGCAAACAAAUCCGCCGUCCGUCCUUUCAUCGCAAACUUGGGAAUGCAAUGGAUUGUUAGCAAAAUUAACAUUUUGUUUCUUUGGUUUCAUGUCUUUUUGUUUUGUAACAGUAGAUUUUACUGCAGAAGCCUUUUGUAAUGAGCCAUAAGACUUCGUGGCAUUUUCCACUUUUUAAUGGGAACCUCAGACGACAUAUGAGAUUAUUUUUGGAUGGCAGUUCAGCCAAACGUAACGACACUAUCAUAUAACACUGCAUCUUUUCACACGGGCUUCGUUCUCAUUGUCCUUGUGCUGUUAUAUUGUGUUUUUGACCCAUUGCUGUUUGCUUUUAGGCACAGUUGAAGACGUGCGGCAAACACCCAAAGGACAGUUAUGUAACUAUAUAUCUUUUAAAGUUUUCUUUAGUCUGUCAUGGUGCUGUAUGGCCACUCUUGACCUGUUACACCAUGUUGUUUAGCCUUUACGAUGUAUAUUAUGUUCUUUGGAAGAUGCGGUAAAAUGACUUGUGUAAUUUUUAUGAUUAAAUUAUUUUUCAGUUCAUA